AUGUCCACUCAUAAUAACACCAUACCCACCUACGAUAACUGCCAUGAAGUCACCUCUUUCUGCAAGGUCGAGUACACUGUUUUUGGCGACUAUCUCUCCAAAGGGGCCUCGGCCUUUUUUGUCAUCGCCUUUUUCAUCCUCCUUCUCAUGCAACUCUGGUAUGGUAUCCGUGGUAGAAUGUGGUCAUUUAUGAUUUGGCUCGGCAUCGGCACACUGUUUGAACUUCUCGGCUACAUUGGGCGGUUUGCUUUCGCUAAGAAUCCUUGGAACAUGAACGCUUUUCUCAUUCAGUUCAUCACUCUGUUACUGGCCCCAACAUUACUCGCGGCCGCAAUUUCUAUCACUUUCAAAUAUCUCGUUAUAUGGUAUGGAACACAAUGGUCUAUGAUGCGCCCAAAGCUAUAUCCUCUUGUUUUUGUUGGCACGGAUAUUAUCUCUAUCUUUAUCCAGGUCAUCGGCGGUGGUGUAAUGGCCACAAGCACCACAGGCAAAGUCAACGAAACUACCAGGAAACUUGGAGAAGGUCUUGUCAUUGGUGGAGUUGCAUUUCAGGUUAUCAACAUGCUAUGUUGUGCAACUCUGAUGCUUAUAUAUGCGAAGCGACGCAGGGCGAGCUUGCGAGUUGGGUUUGAGGAUCUGAACCGAGUUGAAUCUCCUUCAAUGCCUCUUGAGAAUAGCACAACAAUGGCCAAGAGAACUAAAGUGUUCUGUAUUAUUCUAGCUGUGGCCUACACUGCUAUCAUCAUCCGUUGCACCUACCGCAUUUUUGAAUCACUGCCAGCAACAGCAGCAAAGGUCAUGAGAAAUGAAACCCUGUUUUAUGUUUUUGAUGGUGGUUUGAUACUGUUAGCCACCGGACUUGUUACUAUAUUCCACCCGUAUAGAAUGUUUCCAGCCCUCGGCAAGAAUGAAAAACAAGAACAACACUACGGCUUGCAAUAG